AUGUCUACAGUGAAACACAAGAUACUUGUACUGUCAGGAAAAGGAGGAGUGGGAAAGAGCACAUUCAGUGCUCACUUGGCACAUGGGUUAUCUGAAGAUGAGAACAGACAGAUCGCUUUGCUUGAUGUGGAUAUCUGUGGACCAUCUAUUCCAAAGAUUAUGGGUCUAGAAGGAGAACAGGUACAUCAAAGUGGCUCUGGGUGGUCUCCAGUUUAUGUAGAAGACAACCUUGCUGUGAUGUCUGUUGGAUUCUUGCUUGGCAGUCCAGAUGAUGCAGUAAUAUGGAGAGGUCCUAAGAAGAAUGGCAUGAUUAAACAGUUCCUGCGAGAUGUAGACUGGGGUGAAGUGGAUUCCUGAUUGUGGAUACUCCUCCUGGUACUUCUGAUGAACACCUUUCUGUAGUGCAGUAUCUUAGUGCAGCUCGCAUUGAUGGCGCUGUAAUUAUCACUACUCCUCAGGAAGUGUCCUUGCAGGAUGUACGAAAAGAAGUAAACUUCUGUCAAAAAGUGAAGCUACCAAUAAUAGGAGUUGUAGAGAACAUGAGUGGUUUUAUUUGCCCAAAAUGCAAGAAUGAAUCCCAAAUCUUUCCACCAAGUACUGGUGGUGCAGAGAAAAUGUGUAGUGACCUUAACAUUCCCUUGCUGGGAAAGGUCCCCUUAGACUCAAACAUAGGAAAGAGCUGUGAUAUGGGUACGUCUUUUUUCAGUGAGAUUCCGGACUCACCAGCAACUGUGGUAUACCGAAAAAUAAUACAGAGAAUUCAAGAUUUUUGUGCUGAGAGGAACACUGACCAGUGA